GGUUAGGUACUCAUCAGCUGUUUUUCAAUUCCAUCCGCACGCACAAACAAUUGCAUCACGAUCUCCCCGGCUAAUAGAGUCGUGAUGACAAUUUCGUAUAUUUUUAAUUAAUUUUGCAAUUAGUUUAUAAACUUAACAUUUUAACUAUAUUGGUAAGGUGCAAAAAUUUGUGUGAAAUAUGCAAAAUUCUAGAUCCGGUGUUAAUUUACUCAAUACGCUGGCGCGGAAUCUCAGCCUGCGUACAAUUCCAACUCAUUCACCAAUAAGUGCUAGUGCUCUGAUUGCCACUAAAUAUGUGCAUCUUAGUAGUUACGUGCAAGCACGUAACAAAAAAACUGGUCCACAGCAUGUAUCCACACUAUUCAAACCAGUGCCGGUGCCAACAAAUGCUGACGAACAUGACGUAGGUUCCGAAAUGGUGGGCAAACUAGACAAGACAGAAUUGUUGAAAAUUCUUAACAAAUUCACCCAAAAACGGGAAAUUAAAGGUCUUUGUAUUGAAAAUGGACUGGAUUCUUAUUUACAGCAACAGGCGUUUGCUUCAUUUCGUCGCUAUUGUAUUGAGGCAGAAAAUCUUCCAGUAGAUUUGCACAUAACUAUUAGCGACAUACUACAUAAUGCAGGUCACAUCGAUGAUAUAUUUCCCUAUUUUCUGCGCCACGCUAAGACCAUAUUUCCUCACUUAGACUGUAUGGACGACCUGAAGAAAAUCUCAGAUUUGCGUACACCUGCCAAUUGGUAUCCAAGUGCACGUGCAAUAACACGAAAAAUUGUGUUUCAUGCCGGACCUACAAAUUCCGGAAAAACAUACCAUGCGAUGGAGCGUUUUUUGACCGCAAAAUCGGGUGUAUAUUGUGGGCCAUUAAAAUUAUUAGCCACUGAAGUGUUCAAUAAAUCAAACGAUAGGGGCACACCUUGUGAUCUGGUUACGGGAGAGGAGCGUAAAUAUGGUAUCAGUGAGAAUACGCCAGCCGAUCACGUUGCCUGUACUGUAGAAAUGACAUCAGUAAACACGCCUUACGAAGUCGCUGUUAUCGACGAAAUACAGCAGUUACGGGAUCCCCAGCGGGGCUGGGCCUGGACACGCGCCUUUCUUGGCCUUAUAGCGGAAGAAGUGCACGUUUGUGGUGAGUCUGGUGCUUUGGAACUCCUACAGAAAAUAUGUGAAACUACAAACGAGACUGUGGAGGUGCAUAACUACGACAGACUGACCGAACUUACUAUUGAAGACUCAGCGCUGGGCAGUCUGGAUAAUGUGCAACCCGGUGACUGUAUUGUUUGCUUCAGUAAAAACGAUAUUUACUCAGUUUCACGCGAAAUUGAAGCAAGAGGUAAAGAAGUUGCUGUAAUCUAUGGUGGACUACCACCAGGCACCAAAUUAGCGCAAGCAGCAAAGUUCAAUGAUCCUGAUAACAGCUGUAAGGUGAUGGUUGCUACCGACGCGAUUGGUAUGGGUCUUAAUCUGAGCAUACGGCGUAUCAUCUUUUACUCAAUAAUUAAACCCUCAAUGAACGAAAAGGGAGAAAAAGAAAUUGAUACUAUAUCCAUAUCCGCAGCUUUGCAGAUUGCUGGACGCGCCGGGCGUUAUCGUACUCAAUGGGAGCAUGGUUAUGUAACUACUUUUAGGUCAGAGGAUUUACAGACGUUACGUAAACUAUUGUCUCAGAAACCUGAGCCACUAAAACAAGCGGGUCUGCAUCCAACGGCUGAUCAAAUAGAACUAUAUGCCUAUCAUUUACCGAAGUCAACACUUAGUAAUCUAAUGGAUAUAUUCGUAAAUCUGUGCACAGUUGAUGACUCCUUGUACUUCAUGUGCAAUAUUGAAGAUUUUAAAUUUUUAGCCGAGAUGAUUGAGCACGUUCCCCUGCCUCUACGAGCACGCUAUGUAUUUUGUUGCUCCCCUAUUAAUAAGAAAAUGCCAUUCGUAUGCUCUAUGUUCCUCAAGAUUGCCAGACAGUAUAGCCGUAAUGAACCAAUCACAUUCGACUUUAUCACACGCAAUUGUGGCUGGCCUUUUGCCUUGCCGAAGACAAUUAUCGAUCUUAUGCACUUGGAAUCGGUCUUUGAUGUUAUGGAUUUAUACUUAUGGCUUAGUUAUCGUUUUAUGGAUCUAUUUCCGGAUGCAAUGUCCGUACGUAUCGCCCAAAAGGAACUUGACGAUAUAAUACAACAAGGAGUUUUUCAAAUUACACGUUUAUUGAAAAAUACCGAAGCCAGUCAGAGUGCAGCCGAUGGCGAUAUGUCAUAUAGCAUAAGGCGCUCAACUCAAUUGCGUGAACCUCGCGUGCCUAGUAGUUCACGUGGCCGCUUGACGGAACGUUUAUUAGCCCAAGGUUUGCUAACGCCCGGUAUGCUCAGUGAGCUGCGCAAAGAGUGGGAUGCCCAACAGCAAUCGUUAGAGCAAAGCACUACCCUUAAAUCUCUAAAUGACGAUGAUGAUGACGGCAGUAAUGCAUACAAGAAGAUGCGUCGAAAACGUCGCAAGUGAGGCAGUUACAGCUGGCGCACUUAAUCGACUGCAUACAAAACUAAACUAAAUUCUAUAAAAUGAAAUCAUUAAAAUUGUUAGUCUCGGUUGUUAGUUAUAAACUGCACUAUAAAUAAGUAAGGAAAUUUCAUUGUAAGAUAGAUAUGAGCACAUGCAUAUAGAAUACAUUUAUGCAAGUAUGUGAAUGUAAUUGUUAAAUUUAAAGCGUUGUAAGCGUUACAACUGCGAUCCCAAAUAUAUAAUAAAAGAAAUUAAAAAUAUAUUCUGGAAGUAGUGGCUGAAGAAUAGUCAAU